AUGGAGCACCAGCCAGAAAAGGAAGUGGAAAGUGCUAUCCUGCCAGGAUUACUCGAAAUUUUCGUGCCCAUGUGUACUAUGAAAGUGGAACACUGCAUUACAAUGUCCACUACUUCGAAGCACUUUGGACUGAGCUACAGAGAAGAAUCGUACAUCUUUAAAGAGCUUGAGAAAAUUCGAAGGGAGACCAAAAAGGAUUUUCUCCAAUUCAAGCAGAAGUUGGCCUCGAAGCCGGCUGUAGAUGAAGUCCCUGUCUGUAGCCUCCAGGCCCCUGGCCCGGCCUGGUCUCAGGGGAAAAGGGGCGUUUCCUGCGCUGGACCCCAGAAGCCAUCAGGGUUCCCUCGGGCUAAAGGCCCUGCGCCCCCCACUGCGGCCCGGCAGCAAGCGCUUGGAGGUGCCCUGCGCCCCCGGGGCCCAAGCGAGGGGGCCGCUCCCUGGAAGACUCAGCCGUUUCGCCCCCAGGAAUUUUACUUGCGAAGCUCCGCGUUUCUCCGGCACCGGCCCCCGAAACUGCCGCAGGUCAUCGCCUCCAAAGCCGGCACGUCCCGACCGGUGGUCCUGGUGCCACCGUCUUCCCCAAGGAGGAAGCCCGCGGAGCGCCGGGUCUGGAGAAGCCCGCGGCCCUCAAAUGCCAAGCCCGCCCUCGACCCGGUGCAGGAGCCCGACGCCAGGCAGCAGCCAGCUCUGCCCGCUGAGGACCCCGCGGCAGAGAGGAGGACGAGCAGCUCCAUUUCCAGCCAGGAGGACGACUCCGAGGCGGCCAUCCAGCGGAGGAGAGUGAGGAUUCUCACCCACUACAUGCGCGAGGGCUCCAGUAGAUCCUUUUCCAAAACAGACGUGGAUAGUGUCCAGCCGAGCAACGGGCUGGAGGCCGCCCUGCAGGCCCCGCUGCCCGUGAGGGUGAUCCCGAAGUCCAUAGAGGAGAUCAUUGCCUCGCUGCAGUCUGAGGCCCAGCUGGCCUCUGACCAGACUAUCAAAGAGCUCAUACAGAGUGUCCUCGGCCAGAACUACGACAUUAAGAUGGAAGAUAUUUCUUUAAUGGGAAAAAUGUACUGGCAGAGAACAUCUCAAGUGCAAACAGAGCAAAGAUUACAGAUAAGUAUUGAGGAACCUCAAAUGACUUCUAGAAGCUUGCUGGGUAAAAUUUACCUGGGAAGCAGUGGCCAACAGGCUCCCAUCCCAAGAGGGCCUGCUAUUAACGAGUUAGAGGACGUUUCUGAAGCUAUAUCAAAUGUUUUCCCAAUUGAACAAGAGGAUGUAUUAGAAUUGGGAGCCUCAGACACAGAGAGUGUUUCAUUUAAACCUCAGGAAACUUCAGAAAUUCAGCCAGCAGAUGACUCAAGUAAACCUUUGAAAGAUGAACAGGCCACAGGUGAUUCAAAAGCAGCCAAACGGGUGUCUUUAAAGGUAAAAUCAUCAGAAUUGUUGCAAAUCAGAGGAAAAGAAAUUAAGCGAGCACGAAAAACAAAACCCGUAAUUCCACGACAAAGAAAGUGUAUAAAACCCCCGCAGGAUCAAAAACCACUUAAAACAAAAAUUCCACAAGACCACUCCGCUCCUACCGUUCAUGACCUGUGCACCACUGUCCCAGCCCGGGUGCUGCCCACUGACUUGCAUCUAGCUUCUCGAGUGUAUCAUACACCUAACAAGAAAGGCCACAAUACUCUACUUGGAAUAUUUGGAAACUCCUUUGUAGAUGAUCAAUAUACAAGUGAAGAGCAAAGAGACCGAGUACUGCAAGGAAUCCCCGUUACAGGUGCUCGCCAAACACAUGUUCCUGUCCUUCCAGCAACACCAGGGAAACCACCGGAAUCGUCAGGAGAAACUGGACAGCGUGCUCACAAACCACACCUACAACUCUUCGGAGAGGAAGUGUCUGCUUAUCCGGGACUUACGAAGUUGUUUUGGAAUCUAAAUUCCUCCAAAUUCUCUGUUCCCGUAUCUGUCAUGAAGGAAAUGCUAUAUCCAGAAUAUGAGAGUAUUCAAGCAAGCAGAAUUAUACAUGAGAAAUUUUCAUUUGAGGAAAGUGUCAGUGCUUUAAAUCAGCAAAGUCCUAGGGCUUUUCCCCUAACAAAAUCUUCAUCAUUUGAAAGGAUCCAAAAAAGUCACAGCACACAAGCUCCACAAUUAAAGAGAGUAAAAUCUGCAGUUGAAUUGAGGAAGAAGAAGGGAUCCAUAGCUCCGUUAGAAAUUAAGGAGGACGUGCAAAGUGACAUAAAAGAGAUGAUGUUUCAGAAAGCAAAGGAGUUGGAGCGUUUGGAGCGGCGUCAGAGGAAUGAGCAAAAUGAAACUGAGGACACCAUCCCUGUGAGAGAAAGUAUAGAUACCAUCUUAGAUACCAUGGAGGACACUCAUAGUUUAAAAAACCUGUCUCUUUCUCUCAUUGAAGCAUCUAGAAAAGCCGGCAUUAGUUACAUUGUUUACCCCAAGAAAAAGAAGGCGAAUUGGAAGAAAGGACUGAAAUUCCCUAAGCUUACAAUUGUGUUGGACGAGUUAUCCAAGCCUCCAAAAAUGCUAACAAGGCCAACGUCUCAUGGAAUCCUUCCUGGACAGAAGAAAUACUUGCUCAAAAUUCCACUAUAUGAACGUCAAUUUCGGUGUCCCAGCCUACCUUCAUGUUUAAAUUUUGAUAAAUUUGCCCAAAGUAAGGGAGGAAUCCCAGAAAAUUAUGACUAUCGAACAUGGGUUCUUGAUGUGUUCUCUAAGUAUAUACCUCAGAAGGAAACUUCAAGAGGGAAAGUUGUUAAAAUAUUGGUUCAUAAAGACUUGCCUGAAGAAGUGAAAGAACCACCAAAACUAGAAUUGAGUGAUUCUUUGAAGUCUGGUCUUUCUCCAGAGGUCAUUGAACAUUAUAAAUCCGAAGUGAAGAUCUUGACUGAAGAAAUAAAUAACAACAAAAUAUAUCCUGCAUUUUCAUACUGUAGGCGUGGAGCUCUAUACAGGAAACUGGGGAAGUUACAGAGUGCUAUGAAUGACCUACAGGAAGCUAUACUCUUGGAACCAUUGUUUCUCAAUGCCUACUGGCACCGGCAUCUUAUUUAUCUUUUCCAAGACAAAGUUCAUGAAGCUUUGGAUGACUUGAAUUAUAUAAAUAAAUAUAAUAAAAAUAAUGCAGAGGCAUAUUUGUCAAAGGCAGAAAUUUACAGGGGGAAAAAAGAUAUUACUCUGGCAAUUCUAAACUAUACCCAGGCAAUUAAGUGCAAGCCCACGGAUGCUGAUAUAUAUUUCAGGAGGGGUGAGAUGUAUGAGAUAACAAACAAACUACUGGCCAUCGAUGACUUUUCUACAUGCAUUUUGUAUGAUCCCAAAAGAAUAGAUGCAUUACUUAAGCGUGGAAUGUUUUACUAUGAAAACGAAAACUGGAAUGCUGCCAUACAGGAUUUUACAGCCUUGUUAAAUGUAGAUCCCCAAAGUUCUCAAGCAAGGACAUACCGAGGGAAAGCAUAUUUUAAACGGCACCUUUAUAAGCAAGCAACUCAAGAUUUUUCUGCUGCAAUUCACUCAGAUCCCAAUAACUGGUUAGCAUUUUAUUACAGAGCCUGCAUAUUUAGAAAGAGUAACCCUUUUAGAGCGCUACAGGAUUAUAGUGUUUCAGCUCUCAUAAAUGAUGGCUAUGAGAAUUUUGGUUGUUUCCUACAUCGGGGCAUACUCUACGCAGAACUAAAACUUUGGUUGCUGGCAAUGUCUGACUUUGAAACUGUUAUUUCUCUAGAAAGAACUGUUACUUUGGCUUAUAUAAAUAUUGGCCUCAUAUAUCUGCUGCAGUUGGAUAACUACACUGAAGCCGUGAGAUAUUUUUCUGAGGCUCUUAAACUUGAUCCUUCAUAUAUUCAAAGCUAUAUUUGUCGAGCUGAAGCUUAUCAUAAGAUGCAUAAGUUGAAAAAGGCAGUAAGAGAGUUAUCUUGUGCUAUUCACCUUCAGCCAGAUGGAAUCCAGUUAUAUAUAAUAAGGGGACAAUAUCUUCUUCAGAUGAAAUGUUAUGAUCUUGCAAAGUUCACUAUUUAUCAAGUAGCAGAAAUGAACAAAGGUCUCAUUGAAUUGAGUCCUAUACAGCAAGCUCUCAUUUAUUCAUUUUGCGAAAACCAUGACAAGGCCAUUCAGGUCUUGGAUAGGGCCACUUUGAGUAGACCUGAGAUCACCAUGAUUACUCUGUUGGCAAAAGCCCUAAUGAAGGCCAAGAGAAACAAGGAAGCUAUGAGGAUGUUUAAAAAGGCUUUGGAUGUCUUUUCUCAUUCCGAUAAAGGACCAAACGACUUGGAGGCAUCAGUGGACUGUCUGUAUAACUUGGGUCUUUGUUACAUGGAUGAAGGCAACUUACAAAUGGCAUUUGAGUCUUUUACAAAAGCUGUGAGAACAAAUCCUAAUUUUGCAGAAGGCUUUUAUCAGCGUGGGCUUUGUAAAGUAAAACUCCAAAAGGAUAGCUCGAUCCUGGAUUUUAAUCAGGCAAUUAACCUCAAACCACAGCAUUAUGAGGCAUAUUUAAGCCGAGUAGCCUUCUAUGGCUUGAAAGGCAGAUACUCCAAAGCAAUCUUAAACUGUAAUGAAGCCAUAAAAAUUUAUCCUCAGAGUGUGCGAGCUUACAUCUACCGAGGAGUUAUGAAAUACUACAGCAAGACUUAUAAGCUAGCAGUUGCAGAUUUAACUACAGCCAUCAACAUGGACAAAAAUAGUUAUAUAGCAUUUUACAACAGAGCAUUGUGUUACGCCAAGAUGAGUGAAAUUCAAAUGGCAUUGAAAGAUUAUGGAAUUGUGCUUCUUCUUGAUGCUGGAAAAACUGUGACAUUAAAUACCUUCAUUAAUCGUGCACUCGUCUAUGUAGAACUAGAACAGUACAGUUGUGCAUUAGAGGAUUUUAAACAAGCUGCACUGCUAAGCAAGACUGAUGUGAGCCUUUGUCAAGCUACUGCCAUGUGCUAUCACAGAAACAAAGAGUUUGAAGAUGCUGUUAAUUUCUUCACCUGGGCUCUUAAUAUUAAUCCUUGUUUUAUGGAUGCUUACAUCGGACGGGGAAAUUCUUACAUGGAAUAUGGUCACGAGGAAGGCAUCAAACAAGCACAGAAGGACUUUCUGAGAGUGUUGCAUUUCAAUCCAUCAUACACAAAAGCCAGAGUUAGUUUAAGCUAUAGUUUGCAGGCCCAAGAAAAAUUCCAGAAAGCUUGGAACCACUUCACCAUUGCCAUAGAGGUUGAUCCAAAGAGCUACCUGGCCUAUGAGGGAAGAGCUGUGGUCUGUCUCCAGAUGGGUAAUAAUUUUGCUGCAAUUCAGGAUAUUAAUAUGGCCAUAAAGAUCAAGGCUACAGCAGAAUUCUUAACAAAUCGUGGUGUGAUUCAUGAGUUUAUGGGUCAGCCACAAAAUGCAAUGAGAGACUAUCAAGCAGCAAUUUCUUUAAACCCCACAUACUCACUGGCUUAUUUUAAUGCAGGAAAUAUCUACUUUCACCACAGGCAGUUUUCCCAGGCCAGUGACUACUUCUCAAAGGCUUUAAAGUUUGAUCCAGAAGAUAAAUUUGCUAUCAUGAAUCGAGCUAUUGCAAAUAUAAUAUUAAAGAAGUAUGAUGAAGCAAAAGAAGAUUUUGCAAAUGUCAUUGAAAGCUGUCCCUAUUGGGCUGCAGUGUAUUUCAACAGAGCGCAGCUCUACUGUUGUUUAAAGCAAUAUAAACUAGCCGAGGAAGACCUAAGUAAAGCUGUGUCUUUGAAGCCUAACGAUGCUCUGGUAUAUUAUCAUAGAGCAGAAGUUCGUGGUAAAAUAGGUGUAAUUGAGGACGCCAUGGCUGACUAUAACCAAGCCCUUGAUCUUCAAGAACAUUCCCAAUGA